AUGGCUAAUGAGGCCGCCAAGAAGAAGCAGAAGAAACCGAAAUUCAUGCAGGAGGCUGCAAAUGUCUCCGAAGUGAAUCGCAUUCGAUUUGUUCAUAUUCUCGAACAGUUUAGGCAUUCGAAAGAUGACGUCUACAAAUUUGAAGAGAACCUAAAUAAUCGGGAGCGAGAAGCAGUGCAUACCUUAUGCAGGAAAAUGGGCAUGCAGUCAAAAAGUUAUGGGAAAGGGCAACAGCGUCGACUUUUUAUUUAUAAGAACAAAAAGGGAGUACUAUCGAAGGAGAAGGAACGUCUUGCUUCCUUCAGUUUUUCGGAAGAAUCAAGAGCUGCUUUACAGGAUUUGUUUUCUCAGUACCCUCCCAAUGAUUUGGAGAUGGCAGAAAAUAAAUUUGGAGAAAGUAGUGGAAAAAAUGGCAAAGUACAAGCAUUCAAAGAUGAUAUGUUCUGUAAGCCUGCAAUGACUCAAUCUGAAAUUGCAAGCAAGGUGGAAUCCCUUGCUUCCAGAAUAGAGAAGUCCGCGGAAUUGAGACAGAUCACAGAGGAGAGGUCCAAACUUCCCAUUGCAUCAUUUAGGGAUUCUAUCACAUAUACUAUGGAAUCUCAUCAGGUGAUGCUCAUAUGUGGUGAAACUGGAUGCGGGAAAACGACCCAGGUCCCGCAAUUUCUUCUUGAUCAUGCAUGGAGCAAAGGAGAGCCAUGUAAAAUAGUUUGUACUCAGCCGAGACGAAUCUCUGCCACAUCAGUGGCAGAAAGAAUUGCUUUUGAACGAGGUGAAAAUUUGGGCGAUUCUGUUGGAUACAAGGUAGUACUAGUACACGACCAAAUGGCCAGUUAUUGGAUGAUUGUUUUGUGUUUAUCAACAAAUUAUCUAGAUGAAAUUCAUGAAAGGGACCGCUUCUCUGAUAUCAUGCUCACAAUAAUCAGAGACAUGCUUCCGUUGUAUCCCCAGCUGCGUUUGGUACUAAUGAGUGCCACAAUUGAUGCAGAACGAUUUUCAACGUACUUCUGUGGAUGCCCGAUUAUUCGUGUGCCUGGAUUUACCUACCCUGUCAAACCUUUUUACUUGGAGGAUGUACUAUCCCUGGUCAGAUCGACUGAAACCAAACCCCUUGCAUGCACUAAAAACAGCAUAACUGUGGAGACUUCUAUAACUAAUGAAUGCCGAGUUGCGCUCGAUGAGGCCAUUGACUUGGCUCUAUCAAGUGACGAAUUUGAUCCCCUUCUUGAUUUAAUAUCCUCCCAAGGAAAUUCAGAAGUCUUGAAUUAUCAGCAUUCUAAAACUGGAGUGACACCAUUGAUGGUAUUUGCGGGAAAAGGACGGGUUAGUGAUAUUUGCAUGCUUCUCUCUCUCGGGGUGGACUGUAGCAUCAAAUCCAACGCAGGAAAGACGGCUUUAGAUUAUGCCAAACAAGAUAAUCAAGUGGAGGCCGAAGGAUUUAUUAAAAAGUACAUGGAGAAACCGUUGACAAAUUCUGAGGAGGACCAGAACCUAUUAGAUAAAUACUUAUCAAAUGUCGACCCCGAAUUAAUAGAUUGUGUGCUUAUUGAGCAACUUCUCAGGAGAAUCUGUAUUGACUCGAAUGAUGGAGCUAUUCUCGUUUUCCUUCCGGGCUGGGACGAUAUAAAUAGAACACGCGAGAGAUUACAAGCUAGCCCUUUUUUCAAGGAUCCUUCGAGAUUCCUUAUUAUUUCUCUUCAUUCUAGGGUUCCAUUGUCCGAGCAGAAGAAAGUCUUCAAACGGCCCCCAUUCGGUUGCCGGAAAAUUGUGCUUUCCACCAAUAUUGCUGAGACCUCGGUCACCAUUGAGGAUGUUGUUUAUGUCCUGGACAGCGGACGGAUGAAGGAGAAAAAUUACGACCCAUAUAACAAUGUCUCGACUCUUCAGACUUAUUGGAUUUCAAAAGCGAACGCGAAGCAGAGGGAGGGGCGUGCAGGCAGGUGCCAGCCGGGUAUCUGUUAUCACCUCUUUUCAAAACUUCGGGCAGCUUCACUGCCAGAUUUCCAAGUCCCAGAGAUCAAGAGGAUGCCUCUAGAGGAGCUGUGUCUGCAGGUGAAGCUCAUCAACCCAUCUUGCAAAAUAGACGAGUUCCUGCAGAAGACGCUGGACCCACCCGUCCAUGAGACGAUACACAACGCAGUUUCCGUCCUCCAAGGCCUUGGCGCCCUCACUCCCGACGACGAGAAGCUCACAGAGCUCGGCGAGCGCCUCGGAGCGCUUCCGGUCCACCCUCUCACCAGCAAGAUGCUCUUCCUCGCUAUCCUCCUCAACUGCCUCGACCCGGCCUUAACCCUCGCCUGCGCCUCCGACUACAAGGACCCCUUCAUCCUACCUAUGCUCCCCGAUGAGAAGAAGCGGGCCCAGUCGGCCCGCUCCGAACUCGCCUCCCUUCUCGGCGGUAAUGGCGAUCAGCUGGCGGUCAUCGCCGCAUUUGACUGCUGGCGGGCCGCCAAGGACAGGGGCGAACAGACCAAGUUCUGCUCUCGAUACUUUGUCUCUCAAAACACCAUGAGAAUGCUUUCCCAAAUGAGAAAGCAGUUGGAGAGAGAGUUAAUACGGCACGGUUUUAUCCCGGAGGAUGCCUCCCGAUGCAGCCUGAACGCGCGGGACCCGGGAAUACUCCACGCGGUGCUUGUGGCCGGAUUGUACCCGAUGGUUGGGCGGGUGGUCCUUGUUGGGAGGAAGUCGUUAGUGGAGACAGCUGAUGGUAACAGAGUGAGGUUGCACCCGUUCUCGACUAAUGCCAGGCUGUCUGUCCGGAAAGGUGGGGUCGGGCCGCCAUUGGUUGUCUUUAACGAGAUAACGCGUGGGGAUGGCGGGAUGUUUAUUCGGGACUGCAGCGUUGUGGGGCCGCUCCCUUUGCUGUUGCUGGCAUCGGAGAUUGUGGUGGGCCGGUCCGCGGAGGAUGAUAGUGGGGAAGAGAGUGACUGUGAGGAUGACAGCCGGGAUGAAGAUAGAAUGGACACGACGAGUGUCGAGAAUGGGGAGAGGAUUAUGUCUUUGCCGGGGAAUAGUGUGAAGGUGUUAGUCGACGGGUGGCUGCCUUUGGAGUCAACAGCGCUUGAUGUGGCCCAGAUUUACUGUCUCAGGGAGAGACUUUCAGCUGCAGUUUUCUUUAAAGUAAAGCAUCCAAAGAAGGUUCUCCCGGAACAUCUUGGGGCCUCCUUGUAUGCCAUAGCUUGCAUCUUAUCAUACGACGGGAUGUCUGGGAUCUCACUGCCGAACGAGCCCGUGGACUCUCUUGCUUCCAUGGUUAGUGCCACAGAUAUAAGUGGGUUGGGCCGCGUGAGUACAAAUACCGCUAAUCAGCCGUCUCAAAAUUAUCUCAAGUCAUUGCUGAACAGUCGAAAUAAAUCGUAUCAACCUCCUGCUCAACCUUUGGUUUCGAAUGCUGAUAAUAUGCACGCGUACGGGUCGGCUAUGCAUGGGCUGCCCGCCCCCAUUCGGAACUUUUCCAAGCGGCCGCGUGGUGGUGUACGUAGAUGA